AUGAAUCUUGAGUCGCGCCUUCUUGACGGUAAACCAUGUGGGUAUUGCAGUAGCUCGGAUGAAGAGGAAGACGAUUUCAAGGUUGUUAAGGAUGAAGACGAGCAUCAGGCGAAUGUUAUGAAACAAUUUGGGCCGAGCUCGAAUACGGGGGCGAAAGGCGUUUUGAACGAUUUCAAGCAAUUUCGUGAACAAGCGAAACAAGCGAUUGAGCGCAAAAAUUUGAUGUUCAUUGAGCAGGCGAAACGCGGAAUGAUGAUGGGCUCGCGUGAGGAACGCGAGAAGGCGCAGAAGAAUGCCGAAUUGGAAGACGAGAUGAGAAUUGACGAUAUUCGAGCGAAACGGCUACGCGAAUUGCGAAAAGUGGCGGCGAAUCGUUUGAUUGAAAUCACAACGCGGGAUCAAUAUUCUGAUGCUGUUGAUGGAAGCACAUCCUACUUGCUUGCGGUUUUAAUCUAUGAGCCGGAAAAUGAAGAUUGCGCCAAAUUGAGCUAUCUGUGCAAAAUUCUCGCCGCUGAUUAUCCAAAAACGAAGUUCAUCCGAGCCACAUCGACACUUUUGGGUAUGAGCUCAUCAUUUAAGGAGAAUGGAGUUCCAGCCUUGCAGUUUUAUCUGAAUGGCAACUUGAUUGGAAACUUUAUCAAAAUCACAUCGGUCAUUGGAAAUGAUGUCGAUGUGGAGAAGCUUCAAACAUUUAUAAAAAGAAACCAUAUCGACAUGGUCAAUGGAGGGUUUUUAUCGGAUUCUGAAGAUGACGAUGAAUGCGACUAA